UUCGUGCGUCACUUGCUUCAAGAACUUGGAGUUGAUCAGAACGCAAGACAUGGACACCGCUAGCGAUAGUCCCGCGCGCCUGGGUCAGUUCAAGAACAAGGGAAAGGAUGCUACUGAAUUAAGGAGAAGACGAAUCGAAGUCAAUGUCGAACUUCGAAAAGCCAAGAAAGACGAACAGAUCCUGAAAAGGCGAAAUGUUAGCAGUCUACCAGAGGAGGCGACUUCGCCACUUCAAGAGAAAAACCAAAACGCGCAGCCUGCGCAACAUUGGACCGUGGAGGAGAUUGUGAAUGGCGUAAAUAGCCAAAGCCGUGAUCAUCAGUUGCAGGCGACGCAAGCAGCCAGGAAGCUGCUCUCGAGGGAGCGUCAGCCCCCCAUCGACCACAUCAUUGCGGCGGGUCUCAUCUCCAAGCUGAUUGGCUUCCUGGGCUGCCCCGACUGCCCGCCCAUCCAGUUCGAGGCGGCGUGGGCGCUGACCAACAUCGCCUCGGGCACCUCGGAGCAGACACGCGCCGUGGUGGAUGGGGGAUCCAUCCCGGCCUUCAUCGGCCUCGUCACCUCGCCACACCCCCACGUCAGCGAGCAGGCCAUCUGGGCACUGGGCAACAUCGCUGGUGAUGGUCCAACCUACAGAGACAAAGUUAUCAAACAUGGUGGAAUUGAUGCUCUCCUCAGCCUCCUGGCUGUCCCUGACUUGGCCAUCUUUUCUUCGGCCUACCUGCGUAACGUGACGUGGACGGUGUCCAACCUGUGCCGCAACAAGAACCCGGCUCCUCCCCUGGCGGCCGUGCAGCAGAUGCUCCCCGCGCUCCUGCGCCUCCUCCAGCAGCCCGAUAAGGAGGUCCUGGCCGACGCCUGCUGGGCCGUCUCCUACCUGACCGACGGCCCCAACGAGCGCAUCGAGGUGGUGGUGCAGUCGGGCCUCGUGCCCCAGCUGGUGCAGCUGCUGGGCUGCAGUGAGAUCGCCAUCGUGACUCCGGCUCUGCGCGCGGUGGGCAACAUUGUGACGGGCACGGACGAGCAGACGCAGAGCGUGCUGAACGCAGGGGCGUUGGCCAUGUUCCCCGUCCUGCUGCGCUGCCCCAAGAGCAACAUCCAGAAGGAGGCGGCCUGGACGCUCUCCAACAUCACGGCCGGCAAGGCCACGCAGAUCCAGGAAGUGGUCAACGCCGGCCUGGUGCCGCUCAUGGUGGAGGCCCUGCACGCGGGUGACUACAAGACCCAGAAGGAGGUGGUGUGGGCCAUCACCAACUUCACCAGCGGGGGCAACAUUGAGCAGGUCAUCUACCUGGUGCAGUGUAAUGUGCUGGUGCCCCUGCUGAACCUGCUGACGGCCAAGGAGAGCAAGACCAUCCUCGUCAUCCUCGACGCCAUCACCAACAUCUUCCUGGCCGCGGAGAAGAUUGGCGAGACGGAGAAAAUGUGUGUGAUGAUCGAGGAGUGUGGUGGCCUGGACAAGAUCGAAGCUCUGCAGACCCAUGACAAUGAGGCGGUCUACAAAGCGGCCCUCAACCUGAUAGAAAAGUACUUCUCAGACGAGGAAGAGGAGGAUGAGUCUGUGGCACCGGAGACGACCACAGAUGGCUACGCCUUCCAGAUACCGGAGAACCAAAGCACUUUCAACUUUUAACCCUCACUCCCACUCCCAUUCCCCUGUCGUCUGUCCCAUGUCUGUUUUAUUUUCUUUGUUUUUAUUUUUUUAAUUGGUAAAAUCCAUUUCCCUGUGGUCUGUCCCAUGUCUGUUUUACUUUCUUUGUUUUAUUUAGUUUUUUUAAUUGGUUGGUAAAACACAUUUCAGUUGUGUACAUAAGUAUACAUAAUGUUCUGUACUGUUUACUACAAACUGUAAAUAAACACUUUAUACAAUA